UCUGUGCGAGCGGCUCGCAGCGUCACGGGUGGACGUGAUAUUUCAAACAGCACAUCAGAGCGUUUAUGUAUUGGGUGCCCGGAAAUUUUUCCAAAUAAACACAGCUUGAUUCGACCUGGGUGGGCAGACUUAUCAAGAGACUAAUUCUGUAAACAGAUGAGGGGGAAAGCCGCCGCCUGAUUGGUCGCCGCGCAGAGGAGGGGAGUUUCGGAGCAAUGAAAUUUUAAUUAAUGUGGGUGGGCUGCGAGCGCCGCCGACUGUUUAUGAUGGACAAUUUAUUUCCCGGCGCAAAGUCAACACCGCGCAGCAAACCUACAACAAUUAUUAACAUUUUUCUGGGGCCCUCAUGAGGCUGCGGACUCAUUUGGAGGCGGAGAGGCGACCCGGGAGCAGGCUCCACUUUUCCCGGAACACUCUGCGGCUCCCCGCGCGUCAUGACGCACGACCACGGCCGGCUGCCGCCGCUCGGAGGGGUUGCUCCGGCUUUCUCCGGACCCCCACUCAUUUACCUGUACGGCGGAGGGGUCGUGCCCGCCGCGCUCAGCUUCGUGCCAAACCGCCAGGAGCCCCCCCAGAAGCCCCCCUACAGCUACAUCGCCCUCAUCGCCAUGGCCAUCAAGAGCGCGCCGGGUCAGCGCGCCACGCUCAGCGGCAUCUACCAGUUCAUCAUGGACCGGUUCCCCUUCUACCACGACAACAAGCAGGGCUGGCAGAACUCGAUCCGACACAACCUGUCCCUGAACGACUGCUUCAUCAAGGUGCCGCGGGAGCGGGGCCGCCCGGGCAAAGGCAGCUACUGGACCCUGGACACCAAGUGUCUGGACAUGUUUGAAAACGGGAAUUACCGCCGGAGGAAGAGGAAGACCAAGAACCCGUCUCAGGUCCAGGACUCGAAACCUGCAGGACACAAGCGCAGCAGGGGCCCGGGGCCGUUCAGGGCCCCCCAGGACUCCCCCACACCAACACCAGCACGACAGGGAGCAGAGCGGGACAGACAGACACUUCUCGCAGAGUUUCACCACACGGAGCAGCAGCAGAACCCCGUCAUCCCCAGAACCAGAGAGUCCCCGCCCGCGCGGCGGCGCACGGACAGCCCGGAGCCGAGUCCCGCCGGGCUGUGGGCCGAACCGGACCGAAGUUCCGCCUUCAGAGACAGGGGCCCGCUCUGCGCCGUGAGCUGCACCGCCAACACGGACAAACCCAAAGAAAACGUUCCGAGAGUGGACAGGUCCAAAGGCUUCACCAUCGAGAGCAUCCUGUCCAAGCGCGAGGAUGAGGCGCGCGGCAGCAUCCAGAGCGCGCCUGCGCACAGUCCCGCCCUCAGCUCACCCCUGCAGCUCUACCACAUGGGCUUCCCGCUCUGCUCUUACCUGUCGCUCACCUGCGCUGAUGACGUGCUACGCUUCAAAUGAGCGCGCGCUUGUUUCAGUCUGUGCGCCUCACUCACGCGCUCUUAAGAUCUUCAUCAUCAUCAAAGCCAUCAAUGAACUUGUUUUAACAUUAAACAGGGAGACCAACUCAUCUGAAGUCACCUUUACGCAUGCGUGGAUAUUACUGAAAAAGCUGACAUUUUUGUAGAAAAAAAUCAUAAAAACUAUUUUUUUUCCUUCUUGAUUCAGACAAAAGUAUAAAACCUUUUACAAAAAUAUUUUUUGUAAUUUAAAAAAGAA